AUGAAUUUUGGAAAACGUUCAAUUGGUGACGGCUGGCCUGAUGAGAUACUGAAAAUUGGUGACACUCCUGAAUUGCUUUACAAAAAGCGCAAUUUUGAUAGGGAAUUUAUGAAUUUUGGUAAACCAAUGACCACACUUGAUCGGACUUUGAUAAAUCCCAAUAAAAAAAGCGGCGUUGACGCGAAUGCAUUCAAUCGCGAUUUUCUCAGUUUCGGCAAAAG